CGAAACAUUCGAUCUGAGCUGGGCCACCAAAGCUAUGUUGAAUACUCUGUCGGAGAGUCAAUGGGGCGACCCAGUUGAACCCGCAGAACAUGGUCUCCUUUCGACGUUUCGCGAGAAGUUUUCGGUGGAUGAAAACGCUUCUAAGCUCGGUCAGAAGAUCUUCGCUGACGGAUUCGACGUGUUGAUAUUUACGCUUUCGACUCGCGUUGACCGUAGAGACCGCACGCACCUGAGAGCCUUCCUCCCGUAUAAAUUGCGUGGUACUCAGAGCGCAGCUAAAGAAUACUUUACCGCGAACGCGACUUGUUUGAGGAGAAAGAUGGCAUGGAUUAAAGUAUGCAACGCUCUCGACCAACGAUCUGCAAACGAACGUCUUUCAAAGGAGUUUGAAGAUAUCGCUGCCGAUUUCUUCAGUGGAUGCCCCGUCAAGGAAGAUUACGAAGCUGGUCAUGCAACGUUCAGUGCCGCACCAAAGCCUUAUAUUCUGACUUUCAAGGGGGGUGAUCGAACAAAAGUACUCCAAGAAAAUCCCCUUGCAAGCAAGACAGCAGCUCUAUUCCUCGAAGAUCUUGUUAUGGCCAAUGAGAUGGAGAAGGCUUGCCUUACAAAGGAAACGUACCAAACCGGCUUGAAGGUCUACCGUCACCAAUCCCAUAUCGAUACCUCCACCAAGCUGCGCAAUGCCCGAAAGUCACAAGAAAAGUACACUUACUACUAUCUGACGACGGGAGUGACUUCCAGUCAUCUGUCAGAAGGAUUGAAGGAGCUUAUCAAGACGGUUGCCGACACUUCCGGUCCGGAUAGUGACUUUACUGUACUUGGCGACGAUGGGGAAAACACACUGCACCCGGAGUACACACUCGAGCCAGUAGAAGCACCCAAUACCCCGGGAAACAGCUCGACCUUGAAUUCUGUUUCACCUGGACAUCCACCAACUGUUGAGGGAGCUUCGACUGCUUUCAGCGACAUCAGCUCAGCUUCGCCUGGGCUUGAUGCGACUGCAAAGAAGUCAAGCGUCCAUGAUUCCCCUGCCCGGCCCAGCCAGCUCAUUGCUUCUACCCCGAAGGUGGCUGCAAAGGACAACAAUUCCAAUGGUCCGCCAACAUUCAGCGAAGCGUUAGAUCAAUCCAAUGGCGGUUUACAAACCACUCCACAUGCCGACAAGGCCAACGUCACCGAAGUAGAGGGUACAAUUUCUACGCCCACAGUCGAAUCAGGCAGUAGUAAGAAGAAAUUCAGAGGAUCCAAGAGAAAGUCGAGAAACAAGAGAAAGGGCAUCAAGAAGAUCGAGGAACCUUCGUCUGGUCGGGACAAUCAGGAUCAAGAUCUUGCCACGGUAUCGCUGGAACAGCCAUCUGAAACACCUCCAAGCUUGGACAUUAAAGUUGAACCCGAAGCACGAACUCACCCUGGCCCCGAAAAUGCCGUAAUCUCGAAGCGUGACAACGAAUGGAGUGGGCUCAAGACAAAAGUAUCUCAUAAGCCCAAGAGCUCCAAGAACGAGGCAUGGCUUGUUCUCCCGAAUACUAGCAAUAUUGCACCGCCAUCUAAUCAAGCCGAGACCACUAAGGUGAGAAACUUUAAGCCCGAGGAGUAUACUACUAUGUCAUCGAACAUCCCAACUGUCAAAUCAGAAGAUGAUCAAACCAGCGGUAUCAUUCCAGCUGCCACCCAUACUACAACACUUCCUACCGUCGAAAAUAUGACAUGGGAUGAGACGGUCCGGAAUCUGCCCCCAGAAGAGGCCGAGGCAAUUCGUGUUCUCUCCCGGGAGUCACUGCACUCGGUUGCCCCUUCAGGCCCGCGCCAUGCGGGGAAUGCAGAUCAUGCUAUGGUUAACACUCCUAGCACCUUGUCUAAGCAUCACUCCACCGACAAGUUGCUUACAGCAGUAGGAAAGAGACAAGGUCAAGAAGUUGACGAAGCUCCUGGUGCUCAAGGCACUGGCCUUGAAUGGGCUGCUGCAGAACUUACAUCCCCAACAAAGUUCAAUAGUGGAUGGAGACACUCUUCGCUUCCAUAUCGAAGCCCCACUCCCAGCCACGACGAUUUUGAUGACUUCAUUGAGAUAUCGUCCACUCGGCCUCGCAGCAACACAACCACCAUUCUCAAUCCGCGUGUCAGAGCCGUGCAGUUUGGUGACUUCCCCGUGGCACUCCCUGAGUUGAACGAAAACAAAUAUUCUGCAAACUCUGGUCACUCUAGCAGUCCUUCUCAUAGUGUUCCGGAGGCGCCGUCGGCUUAUCACGAGCAAGGACAAUAUCCAGGCAACGCCCCCGGCUUCACAGAUGGUUUCCCACCGGCCGCUGGCUUUGCAAAUCAACCAGCUAUGCCAUUUGCAGCUCAAAUGCCCAUAUCGCAACCUCGCCAUGCGCCGCCAAUGUUCAUGCAUCCACCGUAUCCGCCUCGGGACCUUUUGCCUCCAGCAUCAGGUCACCUUGUUAGUCAUCCCAACCCUCAUCCUGUCCUUUAUGGUCUCCCUAUGUCUGGCUUCGCUUACCCACCCCCACCCAUGCCCUCUUAUCACUCUGGUCACUCUGGUCACUCUGGACAUAUCACCAAUCACGCUCAUCCAGUUCCCGUCACCGCUGACUAUCCGCCAAAUACUCACACUGGCUCGGGCAUUUCAAGCUACGGCCAUCAGUCAGUCAGAGAGGCUUCACAGCAGGAGGGAGAUCGCGACGAGAGCUUCACGGGUCUAUCUCGUAGCGACCGCGGUUUCGAAACCUCGUCCAACCUUGAUCAGCAGCCAGAACAAUCCACUAACGCCCAAGUCACUGGUACGCUUGCAGGUUAUACGUGUAGAUGCUGUUUCCGAGGAUAUGUCCCUAGCGUACAACAGCCGUUGUAUUUCUGCGCCGGAUGUGGCCCAACUGGUGCUAUUCGAUAUUGCUCAGUUGCAUGCCUCCUCGCAGACGCUUACAACCACUCACUUUGCUGCAUGCAAUAUCCGCAUUAUAUGCGAAUGGACCCCCACAACAUGCCCGAUGACUUAUAUGAAUAUGAACGCUUCUACCUCGCACCCGUCGAACUCAGAACUGAGAAGGAAACCCCCGAGAGAUUCCGACAGAGAUCGUUCGCUAUGUACUGCUGGCACGGCCCUUUCCCACGAAUCCUGAAAGCCUAUGCCUUGACGCAUGAGCUUCCAGUCGGUCUGCAAGGUUGUGAUGUGAACGAGGAGUUCAAGAAGACGGGCGACUAUCAUAUCUUCAGAUCUGAAGUCUCGGCUGCUGGCAAGAAGUUCGCCCCCUGUGAAGUCAUCUGUACCCUCCGCCUUCGUAACGGUGACCCUAUGAAGGAAGCACUCAACCGCGCUUUGAACGCCUGCUUGAUAUACUUGCAGCCGCGGGUUGUCAACUUCCUUUUCCGUCUUCUUCGCCACCUUAUUCAAGAUCUCGACACUUGGUCGCUCAUGAUGCCAGUUCUCGAUCAACGUAUGGUUCAUGCCGAAUUCAUCCACCAAUUCAGUCGAGAAUUCGGCUUCGAUGCCCAGGCUCACGCCCAAGACAUUGACACCUUUGACCUUACAGAAGACUGGAGACUCGUUCGACUUGACAUGGAAGACUUGGAGAUGCAGUUCCAGGUCCUUCGAUGCUGGUACCGUGCCAAGCGCGGCCAGUGGAUUUCAGGCCCUCUUGAGCCCAGAGACGCCUACAUGUGAGCGCUUCCACUUCAUUAGUGCAAGAAACUCUCGUUGUGGCAUCUCCUAUCUGCUGUUUGUUUGAGUAGUCAUCUGGUCUUUCCUUCUUAUCAUUUGGCCUUCCUCGAUCGGCUCCAUUGCUGGUGGCAUUUAUUUGUAUUGAGGGUCAUUUGACUGGCAUCUUCUUCCCCUUUACGGAGAAGAUCUACUUUUCAUCAAUGGUGUUUUUUCUCGAGAUUCAUAAGGAGUGGUCACAGCUUUCACUUUGGAGAGCACUAUCUUUCAUUCUUGUCAUUUGGCCCUCUUCUGCCGGC